AUGAAAGACUUACCUUCUGAAGUCAUCUUGGGCAACGACAUUGGCCCCCUGACUUCGGCGUUCGCCUCUACCCCCGCUCAGGAGGCCCACGCAGUAACCACCAGAGCACAAAGUCGCGCUGCCGAGAUCCAUCCACUUCCUACUGAGACCCAGGUAAGCCAACCCAACCUACCCUUGACUGUACAACCCCUACCCUGGGACACCCCAGAGGACUUUGGGCGGGAGGUGACCGGAGACCCUUCCCUCAGAAAGUAUCGAGAGAAAGCCAGGAGGGGCCAAGGGGGAUUAGAGAAGGAGCAAUUUAUCUGGGAGAACGGCCGCUUGUACAGGCUCACCGAGACCCGGGGUAAUGCACCAGGGCCUAAGCAAAAACGCCAGCUGGUAGUUCCCCGGAAAUACCGGCAGGAGUUAUUGAGGAUUGGGCACGACGUACCCUUGGCAGGCCAUUUGGGAAUACGCAAGACAGGGUAUCGGGUAACUCAGAACUUUUUCUGGCCUGGGGUAUCUGACGACGUCAGGGCGUAUUGUCAAACGUGUGAGGUAUGCCAACGUAUAGGUAAAAAGGGAGACCACACAAAGGCUAAACUAGUUUCCAUGCCCAUUAUUGAAGAACCGUUCACAAGGGUAGCCGUGGACAUUAUAGGGCCCCUGGCCCAACCUAGCCGUUCCGGCAAGCGGUAUAUACUCACCAUAGUAGACUACGCCACCCGUUACCCCGAAGCGGUAGCUCUCUCUAACAUACAGGCUGAGACCGUAGCAGAGGCCCUAGUUAAAGUAUUUUCCCGAGUAGGCUUUCCCAAGGAGGUUCUGUCCGACCAAGGUACCCAAUUCACGGCCGAGGUAACCCAGCAGAUAUGGAAAACCUGUGGAGUUAAAUCCCUGACUAGCUCCCCAUACCAUCCCCAGACUAACGGCCUGUGCGAGCGCUUCAACGGAACGCUAAAGCAAAUGUUGAAGUCGUUCACGGGGGCAUACAAGGAUUGGGAGCGAUUCCUGCCACACCUUCUCUUUGCCUACCGAGAGGUGCCGCAGGAAUCGACCGGAUUCUCACCCUUCGAACUUCUCUAUGGGAGGCGGGUGAGGGGGCCCUUAGAUCUCAUCAAGGAUCACUGGGAGGGGCAGACAGAGAUUGAGGGGACCCCGGUUGUACCUUAUGUCCUGGAGCUGAGGGACCGCAUGGAGGAAUUAGCCCAGACAGUGCGAGAGAACCUCCGGGCGGCCCAGCAGCGCCAGAAGGUAUGGUAUGACCGACGGGCUAGGCAGCGGAGCUUUCAGAUAGGCCAAAAGGUCAUGGUAUUAAGACCGGUCCGAACAGACAAGCUCCAGGCCGCCUGGCAGGGCCCCUAUAAAGUUAUAGGACAGAUAUGCGACACGACCUACACGAUAGCCAGCUGCGAGGAUGAAGAUGUGAGACAGCCCCCUUACCGUAUCCCCGAAGCAGUCCGGGAAGGGAUGCGGAAGGAAAUAGAUGAGAUGCUUCGGCUAGGCGUAAUUGAGCCCUCAGAAAGUCCUUGGGCCUCGCCGGUAGUCUUAGUGCCAAAGAAGGAUGGGACAACCCGCUUCUGUGUAGAUUACCGGCGCCUCAACGACAAGACAGUUACGGACGCCUAUCCGAUGCCACGGAUGGACGAGCUGCUUGACCGUAUCUCUGCAGGGAAGUAUCUGACCACAAUAGACCUAUGCAAGGGAUAUUGGCAGAUUCCCCUAGCAGAAGAUGCCAUACCCAAGUCGGCCUUCAUCACCCCGUUCGGCCUAUACCAAUUCCGGGUUAUGCCGUUCGGGAUGAAGAACGCCCCGGCCACCUUCCAACGGAUGGUGGAUCAGUUACUUGGGGGUCUCCAGAGCUUUGCAUGCGCUUACCUGGAUGACAUCGCCAUCCAUAGCGAUACUUGGGAGGCGCACCUAGAGCACAUAGGGGUAGUAUUAGAUAGGAUCAGGGGGGCCGGGCUGACCCUGAAACCCGACAAAUGUCACUUGGGUAUGGCGGAGGUACAAUAUUUGGGCCACCGAGUAGGAUGUGGUAAGCAACGGCCGGAGCCGGCUAAGAUCGAGGCUGUUGCCAAUUGGCCCACUCCCCACACCAAGACACAAGUCAUGGCUUUCUUAGGCACAGCCGGCUAUUACAGACGCUUUGUACCCGACUAUAGCGCCCUGGCCAAACCCCUGACCGACUUGACCAAAAAGAAGCUACCCCGACAAGUCCUGUGGUCCCCGGAAUGCGAGGUGGCUUUCCAAGCACUAAAGACUGCUCUGGUUAAUGCUCCGGUGUUGGUUACCCCAGAUCCUAACAAAAGAUUUAUUGUCCACACAGACGCUUCAAUGUUUGGACUGGGGGCAGUACUGAGCCAGAUCGGGGAGGAUGGAGGUGAGCACCCGGUGGCAUACCUGAGUCGGAAGCUGUUGCCAAGGGAAGUCAGCUAUGCCACCAUUGAAAAAGAGUGUUUGGCCUUGGUGUGGGCACUCAAAAAGCUCACACCUUACCUUUAUGGCCGGGCGUUCACUCUCAUCACCGAUCACAACCCCUUGGUGUGGCUUAACCGGGUUUCAGGGGACAACGCCCGUUUGCUACGCUGGAGCUUGGCCUUACAGCCC